AUGUCUUCAUAUACCGUAUAUGUUUCAAAGUAUAUUUUUACAUUAUCCCUGAAAGUUAUAUAUAAAUCGGAUAAGUACUCGCUGAGAUAUCCCCAAAAAAACCAAAAACUUAAUAGACUUUUUGAGCGGUACUGUAUAUAUAUUUUUUUAGCGCCUUUCGCCAAAGGCUCUGUUCGUGUUCAGCCGGCAGAUCUCUUUCGGGCUGUACAAGUUGAUCCGGGCGAACGCUGCCAACGUGCAUCGUCGAGAGCAUUGGGCGCUCCUUUUUGCCCUUCUCGAGUCUGCCGGUGCUGCUGUCCUUCCCGAAGAAGUUGUACAAGUGCGUCGAGGCUUCGAUCAUGUCAAUAGAAGUCAUAGCCAUUCAUUUUCAUUUAGGAUUAUUAAAAUCCGUUUUAGAAAAAGUAAAACGCUAAAGAAAAAAAAUCAGGCGUUUUUAAGUCAGCGGUGGCAUUGACCUUGUUCUCAUACAGUGGUUCAAAAAACAAAAACAGAAUUUUUUCUAAACUUCAUCCUCAUUUAAUACUGAUCAUUGAGUUCAUUUUCAUGAGGGAUUUGAAAAUAACUUCAACUCUAGAUUAAUCGAAUACUAAGACCAUUCCAAAUUUUUUUUGAAAUUGUUGUACAAUUUUUGUUGUCUAAAAGUUGAAUAAAAGAAAAUAUGAGAGAAUAGCGAAUUUUCGAAGACUUCAUUAAGUAUUCAAGGUGCAUGAACGUGAGAGUAACGCCCGAAAUGCGUUUUCCGACGGAGAGCAGGAGAGAAAUUCGAACGCGAGAGAGUUUGCAAUUGAUAGAGGCUACACUUCUGAUGAACCGAGCAGGCACUCCAACUCGCUCAGUAUGCGUUAUCAACGACUUGAGAUAUUUUUUCCAAUGAGUCAUUUUAGUGUCAGAGAAAGUUCUGGAUAGCCCGUCCAGAAGUGCGACGUCUCUGGACUCCAUCAACGGAAGCAGUAGUCAGAGAACAGUGGCCGGCUCAACCACGACGACGACGACGGCUGCUUCUGCGGACUGGAUUCACCUGGACCACAGAGACGCGGCCCGAGCCACCGAAGAGGCGUUGAAAGCCCUAGGAUCAGCCGCCUCUCAGCGUUUCAACCCGCACUCGCUCGUUUUGCGCACAGGCCUCGGGCGCCACGAGCCGGCCGCAUUUCUUAAGGUUUGGACCACACAUGGGCAGAUCAAUUUUUUAAUUUUUAAUGCCGCCCAUCCCUUCCCCGAGUUUUUAUGAAUUAAAGUCACUACUACCCCUGCUGUCAAAAGCUACUUCUAUUCUUAUUAAUACUACGACCCUGGGUUUAAAACUUUUUUUUAAACCUUGGUUUUAAAUUUUUUUUUUUUUGUGGGUGAUCCUCAUCCGUCUCGCCCUUGUAUGGCUAGGACAAAGAAAAAUCCAAAAAUUUUUAUUCCUUAAAUUAGCCUGCGUCUUUAUACGUAAGCUCUAGAAUUACCAAUCUUUCAAAGUUUUUUUGUUGUGUCAAGAGGCAUUGUGAAAGUUUGGAAACAUUUAUCGCUUUUUAAAGAAGUGAAAAGUAAAAUUAUGAUUUCCGCGAGAAAUCCGUUUUGCGUUCUCAUUUUUAUGAAUUUCCAAAUUUAAAAAUUUAUUUACUCCCAUUAAAAAUUUUUUUAAAUGAACAGGUUUGCGAAUGCCUCGCGUUUUUUUGCUGCGAGACGCCGCCCACGUCACCCCGGACAACUUUGAGUCGAGUCUUCAGUGUUUGAGAACUAUGGUGGAAGCGAGUUUUGACGGAGGCUUGUGAGUUUUUCUUUUAUUUUCGUGGGAAAACUGUCUGAAAGUUGAAUAAAACCUUCAGGUUUAUAGAAAUCGAAAAAAAGAAAAAAAUAAUUGUAAUUUGAAACACUAGAGAUUUGGUAUUUGGAAGAGCAUUUUAAAGACAGCGAACUGUAAAUUCCACUAUUUUUAAGCUACGCGGCUGGACCCUUGAGUGGAGACGCUCAAAAUCGGCUACGAAGUACAAUAGUUGAAGAACGCGUCCGGAAUAGGACUCAGCAACAGCAAAAGACGACGAAAGUUGGUUCAAAGACCUUGCCUAUAAUAGUUUACUCAUAUCUAAAGAAAAUUUAGCACUAUUUUGAAAUUUAAUUGUUUUUAAUUUUUAUAGAAGGACAUGACGACGGAUGUACCUGAAGAUGAAGGACGCAAAGAAGAGCAACAGCUUUCCAACAGUUAUCAACAAGUAUUAUGAAAUCAAUUCUUGCUUUGGGAAGUUCGAAAUUUCCAGGUCUCUCUGCAUUUGCUCGACCUUUGUUCCCAACUGCACGCAAAAGCUCCUGCAAUUUUUGCCCGUUGGGCUGAUUCAAACGACGGUUCUCAGGUAAAUUACCAGAAUUAACAAUUUCAAUUUCUACCAAAUAUUUCAUUCUGAAAAAUUUUACAGUUCUCUACUUUUAUUUUCCAAAUGUCGUACCUGAGUAAAAUAUAAUCGUUACCUGUGUUGGAGGCGUACAAUUCGGUCUCGUUUGUGUGGUCGGAGAUCGGAAAGCCCCUCCUACAGGCGAUGGCUCGUCUCAGCUGUGACUGUCGACGGCAAGUGCGAGCCUCGGCCCUCGCUCAUCUACAGGUCUCGCUGGGACUUUUCAGACCUUUUUGAACAUAUCUCUGCUUCAGAGAGCGUUUUUGCCUUCGAACAUGACGGAUCUCGGCGCGACCGAGUGGCAGUCCUGCUUUGGAGAAGUUCUUUUCCCGCUGCUCACCAAGCUGCUGGAGCCUUUUUCGGCUAUGGAUCUCAUUGGAAUGGAGGACACGCGAGUUCGCGCCAUUCAAAUCGUUGCCAAGACUCUGUUGAACCAUUUGACGUAGGGCUUAUCAUUUUACAUCAAUCUAUAGAAGUAGCGUCUCGAAAGUUUCUUGUGCUCUGUGUUUUUCUGAGGAGGUUUUCAAAACUAGACAAGAUAAAAAAGAAUAGAAGUUUGUACUUUAGGACCUUCUGAUUGCAGAACAAGUGAACAUUUCUAGUAAUAGAUCUUUCUUCCGAUUGAUGAAGCUUCAAAGUCUGCAAAAUAUGCAAGUUAUAACAAAAAAGCGCUAUUUGAAGCUUUUGAAGCGUCUUAACUCAAAAAUCAGACCUACCCCGAAAAGUUUUUUUUUUUCUGCAAUCCGAAGUUCGUAAAGUACACUCAAGCAAAUUUUCAUCAAAAGUGCAGGGGUAAAAACGUUCCCUUGUAAGAUUAUUUCUGAUUUUGUUCAAAAAUGGUUUCUGUGAGAGAAUAAAAGGGGACAUUUAGAAAAUGAAAUUAAAACAAGAAAUUUAAAAAAAGCGGCUAAUUAGUUGAAUUAUUAUUGAUAUUUUUUUGAAUCCUGUUUAACUUAAAAAAUUGAAUUCAUAAGUCAGAGCUUUUGAUAAGAUUGAUAUUCAUUAUCACGUGAAAUGUUUUGCCAUCAUGAGUUUAGCCACAGUUUGUAUUUUUCUCGCUUUAGGGCGCUCUCGCAAUUGCCUUCCUUCUCGAGACUCUGGCUUAGACUUCUCGACUUCAUGGAGCAGUAUCUGCGCGUUGAUAGCUGUGGAAACUUGAACGAAGCUGUGCCAGAAUCUUUGAAGAACAUGUUGCUUGUUUUGGACAAUACCAAUACUUUCGCCGCGAUUCCGGGCCUUUAUGAAAUGACGGUCGAACGUCUUCAACACGUUUUUCCGCAACUGAUUCGAGAUACGAUUCCUAAUCCGCCCGUCAUUGCUACCUCUGCUUCUUCAUCGUUCGUUUUUUUUUUAAGUGAAAGUUUUAUGAUGAAAUUUUUCGCAAAAAAAAUUUCAUCAUGAUUUGUAAUCGAGAAUUUUCAGAGCGUCCGGUUUAAAUGCUCUCGGCCGCGUGAAGAUUGCGCCUGCGGCUCCCGAAGAAAUCGCUUCCGUCGUGAAGCCGUCGGCGCAAAUCGAUAUUGCCGAAUUGGUACUUUUUCUUUCCUUUUGUGUUGGUUGGAAAUCAGAAGAGAUGUAUUAUUAAAACGUCAAGCUUUUUGAUAAUGUGGAAUUAUAUAGUCAAUGUUUCCCGACUUGAAAGGCGAAGAAGGCGGGGCAAGGGGCGGGACGCGUAGCGUGUGCGUACGCGGUCCUUGGCACAAGUCCAGUUCAAUCACCGCCGAUUAUUUAAAAAGCUCGGCAACCGCUCUUUUUCAAUGUUUUCUACUAUUUUUUGAUGCACACAUGAACAUAAUCAAUAAAUAAUUGAAAAAGGAAUGAAAAAAGCGAAAAACGGGCUUUUCAAAGAGUCGAUGGCGGUUGAAUUGAACACGUGCCAAGGACCGCGAGCGCACACGCUACGCGCCCCGCCCUUCUCGCCUUUCAAGUCGGGAAACAUUGACUAUAUUUCGCGGAUUUGAUUUUAGAGCUACAAUAGAUACCUCCAAGUUCAACUCAUAAAUCUCUCCCGUUUACAGACAGAGGUUAUUGUUCACUCGGGCGCAACUUCACCGAGCACAUCAUCUCCUCCAGAAAGCUCAAUUCAUACAGCUGCCGGUUCUUCUCAAUUUUCGCACGUUCCUCAGGCACGCUCAGUUGAACCGCCGAUACCCAGAAAAACAUUUUAUGAGAAAGUUAUCGAUCAGAAAUGGAAAAAUUAGACCCGCAGAUUUCGAGCCAUGUUUCGGGAUGAAAAGUUCUCCCUCUUACAAAUUUUUGGUGAAAAAAAAACCAGCUCGAACGGUGACUCUUCCGAUUUUCUUCAUACCGAUAGGAUACUUUCCGACUCUUUUCCCUAAUAAUUUCCGUUUUUAUUAAAGAUCUAUUACCAUUGUAAUUUCCUUUUUUUGUGUUUUUAAUCAUAAAUCACCUACCUAUUUUUAUACAGGAAGAUUCAAAACGAAAAGUUUAUUGAGAAAAAAAGUCGGAAACUUCGCAGUCGGAAAACUCCCUAGCGAUAUAAAAAAUUCAGAAAAGUCGCAGUUCGAAAUUUCGAUUGUUUUUAUUUCAUACCAUCCAAUUUUUCUCUGUAAAAGAAAAAGUCAACGAGAUUGGGAAGUAACUUCCUUGAAUUACGUUUGAAUAGUUUGAAAUUGCUGGAUAUAACUUAAAAUAUCGAAACGACAACAUUUUAGGUUCCCGUUCCGCUAGCACAGCAUACCGGACUACAGAAUGUCAAAAAUUUGCCUGAAGAUCAUCAGCUUUACGGAGCUCAUCCUAACUUCGCCGAUCCGCCGUACCCAAUAGUUUGUUUUUAUUUUUCUGUUUCGAUCUUUUUCACUUUAUAUUUUAAAAAAAGCUUCUUUUCAGGAACAAUCGCAAAAUUUUGCGAAUCGCACGCAAGAGAAUUUCCCACCAACCGAAGCUUAUACCCAAUCUCAAACGUUUCCCGCGUAUAACCAAAUGAAUCAAAGCUUUCCAUCUUCUUCAUUCCAUCAGAGUGAGUUCUUUGGAUUUUUCAAUACUCAGUCCCGUACCACGGUGUCUGCCCUCUCCUCCGAGCAGACAAAUGUUUUUCGUAAUUUUUCAUUUCAAGACCCUUUUUUGAUAGUUCCAGCCAUUUGUGAAUAUUUUUCAGCUCAGCAAAAUCCAAUAGGCGUCCCUUUGCCGCUGGUUUCCUCACCGACGAUUCAUGGACAGGUAGUUUUAAUUAACGGCUCAUUUAAAAAUUAAAAACAUUCGAAUAUGCGUAAGGUUUUCGCAAAAAGCUGUCGGUUUUUAAGCGCUUUUUAUAGUCUGUUCAGAUUGUGAAUGUCAAGCAGCUAACUCCACCCCCAAGGCUACAAUAUCUUUCGCGUCAAUGUUUUAUCUACAGAUGACGAUGGCCUUUUAAUAAGGCUGCACGUUUUGACUUCUUUUUCCAUCUUUUAAAUAAAAAAAAAGAACAAAAUUAGUCCCGCGCAAUAAAACAUCGACGCGAAAAGGUACCGUCUCAGCAGGAGCGGAGUUAGCUGGUUGACAUUCAAAAUCUGAACCGACUAUAAACAAUUUUUAAACGAACUUUGAAAUUUGUGUACCCUCAAAACAUAAUGCCACAUUAAAAGUUAUUUCGGCAAAUUUAGAAAUAACUUUUAGAGAAAGGAAAAGAAAACACGGACUCCUCGGAGUUCUCGAGAUCAUUUCGAAUUCAGCAAAAUUAUUUCAAACACUGCAUAAACCUUAAUUAGUAUAAAAAAAUACUCAAUUCAAAAAUAUUUUUUUGAAAAAAAUUAAAAAAAUUUUUAGAGCGCAGAUUCUAUUUUUGUUAUGUGAAUACGAGCACAUUCUCUAUUAACUUUUUUUUAAAGUACGCUCGGGCGAAUCCUCUGCCAUUUUCUGACUACGCACCACAACACUACGAUUCAAAUACGGUGACUGCGUCUUCGCGUAGUGCUUUUUCGCAAGUUCCCACUCAAGUAAGUUUUUUUUCUCAUUUUUCAAGUCUUGUGACAUAUCAAAUGAUUUGCAGCCUGCAAAUACACCCCGAGAACCGCCGAUUUUCUCCCCACCGAAUGAAUCGUCAUAUUUUACCCCCAUCCCUUACCCGCCUCCAUACCAACAAUGA